AUGUACAUAACGAGGUUUAGAACAAAGAGGAUCGCCGCCUAUUUAGGAAUACCAUAUGCUCAGCCCCCGAUUGAGUUCAGAAGGUUCGCGGCGCCGGAAUACACUGAUUUGCCUCAAUGGGAUGGGGUGAGGAAUGCUACCCUAUACGCUCCUGAUUGUAUGCAAAGUGAAGCGAAGAGCGACGAAGUACAGCAAAGGAUUUGGGACAAACACGAUGAACUGUUUAUGAAGCUACUCGAAUCUCAAUUGGAGGAGCCGAGGAAAAAGGAGUACAGCGAAGAUUGUUUAUAUUUGAACGUUUACCUUCCGGCUGAUGAUACACAACCAAAGAACACAGAUUGA